AUGGAAGUCAGAGGAAACUCAGAAAGGAAGUCAGGGGGAGAAUCAGAAAGGAAGUCAGGGGGGAAAUCAGAAAGGAAGUCAGGGGAAAUCAGAAUGGAAGUCAGGGGGGAAAUCAGAAAGGAAGUCAGGGGAAAUCAGAAUGGAAGUCAGGGGAAACUCAGGAAGGAAGUCAGGGGAGAAUCAGAAAGGAAGUCAGGGGGGAAAUCAGAAAGGAAGUCAGGGGAAAUCAGAAUGGAAGUCAGGGGGGAAAUCAGAAAGGAAGUCAGGGGAAAUCAGAAUGGAAGUCAGGGGAAACUCAGGAAGGAAGUCAGGGGAGAAAUCAGAAAGGAAGUCAGGGGAAACUCAGAAAGGAAAUCAGAAGGUAAAUCAGAAAGGAAGCCGGGGGAAAUCAGAACGGAAGUCAGGGGGGAAACUCAGGAAGGAAGUCAGGGGAAACUCCGAAAGGAAGUCAGGGGGAAAAUCAGAAAGGAAGUCAGGGGGGAAAUCAGAAAGGAAGUCAGGGGAAACUCCGAAAGGAAGUCAGGGGGAAAAUCAGAAAGGAAGUCAGGGGAAAUCAGAAAGGAAGUCAGGGGGGAAAUCAGAAAGGAAGUCAGGGGGGAAAACAGAAAGGAAGUCAGGGAGGAAAUCAGAAAGGAAGUCAGGGGGGAAAUCAGAAAGGAAGCCGGGGGAAAUCAGAAAGGAAGUCAGGGGAAACACAGGAAGGAAGUCAGGGGAAACUCAGGAAGGAAGUCAGGGGGGAAAUCAGAAAGGAGGUCAGAGGAAACUCAGGAAGGAAGUCAGGGGGGAAAUCAGAAAGGAGGUCAGUGGAAACUCAGGAAGGAAGUCAGGGGGAAACUCAGGAAGGAAGUCAGGGGAAACUCAGAAAGGAAAUCAGGGGAAAAAUCAGAAAGGAGGUCAGGGGGGAAAUCAGAAAGGAGGUCAGGGGGGAAACUCAGAAAGGAAGUCAGGGGAAAAAUCAGAAAGGAGGUCAGGGGGGAAACCCAGGAAGGAAGUCAGGGGGAAAUCAGAAAGGAAGCCGGGGGAAACUCAGAAAGGAAGUCAGAGGGGAAAUCAGAAAGGAAGCCGGGGGAAAUCAGAACGGAAGCCGGGGGGAAUCAGAAAGGAAGCCAGGGGAAACUCAGAAAGGAAGUCAGGGGGGAAACUCAGGAAGGAAGUCAGGUGAAACUCAGGAAGGAAGUCAGGGGGGAAAUCAGAAAGAAAGUCAGGCGGUGA